AUGGCGUCGUCGGACCUCGAAGCCGCUACGGCGCUCAAGGUGCAGGGAAACCAGGCCUUCAAAGAACAUGAAUGGCCGACCGCUAUCGACUUCUACACGCAGGCGAUUGAGAAAUACGAUCGGGAGCCGUCGUUCUUCUGCAAUCGCGCCCAGGCGCAUAUUAAACUCGAGGCGUAUGGCUUUGCCAUUGCGGACGCUACCAAGGCGUUGGAGCUGGAUCCGGCCUACGUGAAGGCGUACUGGAGACGAGCCCUCGCCAACACGGCCAUCCUGAACUACCGCGAUGCCCUCAAAGACUUCAAAGCCGUUGUGAAGCGCGAACCCGCCAACCGAGACGCGAAGGUGAAGCUGGCCGAGUGCGAGAAACUGGUGCGUCGGAUGGAGUUCGAAAAGGCCAUUGAGGUGGGCGAGCCGCCGUCUGCCUUUGAGGACCUGGAUAUCGAUGCGAUCGCCGUGGAUGCCAGCUACGACGGGGUGCGCUUGGAGAAGGAGAUGACCCAGGAGUUUAUCGACGACAUGAUUGAGCGGUUCAAGAACGGGAAGAAGAUUCAUCGCAAAUAUGCCUUCCAGAUCGUCAAGGCUGUCAAGGAUAUUGUGUAUGCGGAACCGACGAUGGUUGAGAUUGGGGUCGAGGAAGGCAAGAGAUUGACCGUCUGUGGUGAUACGCAUGGCCAAUUCUUCGACCUGCUGGAGAUCUUCCGUCUGAACGGAUACCCCUCCGAUACACACGCCUACCUCUUCAAUGGUGACUUUGUGGACCGUGGCUCGUGGUCCACGGAGAUUGCGCUCCUGCUCUACGCGUACAAAUGGCUGCGGCCGAACGGCAUCUUCCUCAACCGCGGCAACCACGAGACGGAUGACAUGAACAAGGUGUACGGUUUCGAGGGCGAGUGCCGGGCAAAGUACAACGAGACAAUGUUCAAGGUGUUCUCCGAGUCCUUCUCGGCCUUGCCGUUGGCGACGUUGAUCGGCAACAAAUACCUGGUGCUCCAUGGUGGUCUCUUCUCCGACGAUAACACGACAUUGGAUGAUAUCCGGAAGCUGAAUCGCCACAACCAGCGGCAGCCCGGACAACAGGGUCUGAUGAUGGAGAUGCUCUGGACCGAUCCUCAGACGGAGCCUGGCCGUGGGCCCAGCAAACGUGGCGUUGGUCUUCAGUUCGGCCCGGAUGUCACCAAGCGGUUCUGUGAGAAGAACGGGCUGGAGGCGAUCAUUCGUUCGCACGAGGUCCGCAUGGAGGGCUACGAAGUGGAGCAUGACGGUCGGUGUAUCACCGUCUUCUCUGCGCCCAAGUAUUGCGAUGCGACAGAAAACAAGGGCGCGUUCAUCAAGAUCGGACCCGAGCUCAAGUUGGACUUCCAGGUGUUUGAAGCAGUGCCUCACCCUGAUAUCAAACCGAUGGCUUAUGCGCAAAACUCGAUCUUGUCGAUGAUUCAACGUCGGAAAGAUGGAAUUCGAUCCAAAAACCCGUCCAGCUUUGCCUCCGUCUCCGCCCAUGAGCGCUGGCCCGUGAUCAUCACCGGCGCCAUUGAUGACCUCCACCGCACCGUCGGCGAUGUCACGGACGAGGCCAAACGCAAGGAGGGAAAGGCGAUCAUCGAGAAGCUCGCAGCACUGAAGUACGAAUUGCAGCACGACCGACAGCUGACCCCCCUCCCCGAUGAUGGCGAACCAGGCAUUGCGGAAUACAACCAGGAGCUGGAGCAGCGCGGGAACCCAACCUGGCACAACGUCCCAUGGCUGUACUCGGAAUGCUAUCUCUACCGGCGCAUGAGCACCCUCUUUCGCCAUGUCCCAGCACUGGCAGGAGGGCUACGACGUGUUCGCCCGGCAGAAGAUGUCCACAUUUCAAGUCGUCGCGUCCGGCGGUGCUCGAGCUCGCCGCGCGGUACAAGGAGCUCGCGCAGGAAGCAGAGAAGACGCGGGGCUUCCGCGGACGGGCAAGACGCCCGAGCAGAUCGAGCAAGGCGGGACCGCAUUCUCUUCUCGGAGAUGUGCGAGAUCUGCCUCUGGGGCAACGCCACGGACCUGUCGCUCCUGACGUCGCUGACCUACGAGGACAUCCAGAAGCUGCAGGGCUCGCAGGCGCGCAAGGCUGCGGAGAAGAACAUUCUCGUCAACGACCUGGACGCCGCCUUUGACGUGCUCCACGCCGCCCGCAACGCCAACAAGUCCGCCGACCGCCGCGUCGACAUCGUCCUCGACAACUCCGGCUUCGAGCUCUUCGUCGACCUCAUCCUCGCCGGCUACCUCCUCUCCGCGGGGCUCGCCACCACCGUCGUGCUCCACCCCAAGCUGAUCCCCUGGUUCGUCUCCGACGUCACGCCCCCGGACUUUAGGGACCUCAUCAGCGCCCUCGCCGACCCCCAGGCCUUCUACACCGCCCCCGACGACUCCGGCCGCGAACACACCCCGCUCUCCGACAAGGAGCUCGCCGAGGUCACCUUCCUCUUCGACCACUGGAGCCAGCUCCACGCCGACGGCAAGCUGAUCAUCCGUCCGCACGCCUUCUGGACCUCCCCCGGCUCCUAUUGGCGCAUGCCGCACGUGGCACCCGAUCUUUUCGACGACCUCAAGCAGAGCGAGCUCGUCCUCUUCAAGGGUGAUCUGAACUACCGCAAGCUGUGCAAUGACGCCGCCUGGGACCCCACCACUCCCUUUACGACGGCCAUCGGCCCCAUGGGCCCUAAGUCCGGCGUGCGCGUCCUCGCCUUCCGCACCUGCAAGGCCGAUGUCGUCGUCGGUCUCCCCGCCGGCGAGGACGAGAAGCUCCGCCAGAUGCCCGGCGGCGGCGGCGACGAGGCCCGCAAGUGGGCCUGGAGUGGUAAAUGGGCGGUUGUGGAGUUCUCGGAUGGAAAGGCGUGA